AUGUCCAAGCGCACUGCCGACGAAGACAGCGCCGGCCCCCUCAAGGGCCGCAGCCGCCCCGAUGCUAUGGACAUCGACGAUGACAAGACCAACGAGAUGGGCGAGUUCGAGGACGAGUUCGAGGAUGAGUUUGAGAGCGAGGACGAGAUCAUCGAGGCUGGUAUCGACGGCAGACCAGAUGCCGAACGAGAGGCUGAGGAGGGCGCUAUGGAGCUCGACAACCCCCAGGGCACAUUCAUCGUCGGCAGAACAAAACUCGAGCCUGGCCAGACCCUCUCUCCCGAUCCCACCACAUACCGCAUGCUUCACAACCUGAGCACACCAUGGCCAUGCCUCUCCUUCGACAUUAUCCGCGACGGGCUCGGCGACAACCGCAGCGUCUACCCCAUGACCAUGUACACAGUAGCAGGCACCCAGGCCGAGAACACAAAGGCCUUAGACAACUCUCUCAUGGUGAUGAAGCUGAGCGCCCUGAGCAAGAUGCAAGGCGGUGACGACGACGAUUCCAGCGACGACGAGGACGACGAUGAGGAUUCUGACCCUCUCCUUGAGCACAAGAGUAUCCCUCUCAAUAGCACCACUAACAGGAUACGAGCUCACCAGGCCCCUGCCACUGGUGCCUCGCAGACCCCGACCACCCUCACCGCGACCAUGACCGAGUCCACCAAUGUUUACAUUCACGACAUUACCCCCCACCUCGCCUCCUUUGAUACCCCGGGUACCAUCAUCACCCCCCAACAAAACAAGCCCGUCUGCACCAUCCGCGCCCACAAGUCCGAGGGUUAUGCUGUCGACUGGUCGACCCUUCACCCACAGGGAAAGCUCCUGACUGGUGACAACGACGGUCUCAUCUAUGUCACCACCCGCACCGACGGCGGCGGCUUUGUGACCGACAACCGCCCCUUCACCGGCCACACCUCCUCGGUAGAAGAGCUCCAAUGGUCGCCCUCGGAAGCCUCCGUUUUCGCUUCUGCUUCGUCUGAUGGCACCAUUCGCGUCUGGGAUGUCCGCAGCAAGGCCCGCAAGCCAGCUCUCAGCAUGCAAGUCAGCAAUGUCGACGUAAACGUCAUGUCCUGGUCGAGACAAACCACCCAUCUCUUGGCUUCCGGUGACGAUGCCGGUGUGUGGGGUGUCUGGGAUCUCAGACAAUGGAAGUCGGAUGGAAAGCCCACACCCAUCGCCAGCUUCGACUACCACAAGGAGCAGAUUACCAGUGUCGAAUGGCAUCCCACUGAUGACAGUAUCGUUGCCGUCUCUGCUGGUGAUAACACCGUCACCAUUUGGGACUUGGCCGUCGAGCUGGACGACGAGGAGAGCAAGGACACGGGUGGUGUUGCGGACGUGCCUCCCCAGCUUCUGUUUGUGCACUACCAGAACCUGGCCAAGGAGGUCCACUGGCACUCACAGAUUCCCGGCGUGCUGGCUGCCACAGGCGAAGAGUUUAGCGUUUUCAGGACUAUUAGCGUAUAG